AUGUCUGACAACGUCCGGCACAAUGUAGUUGCUUCACAGCCCAGUGCCUCGCCGGAGCGUGAGGCGACUCCCAUCCCGUCCCGCUCCAGCGAUGUGGUAGAGGACGCAAAAGAGAAGGACCAUCCCCAUUUCACGACAGAAAUCGACGAGCCGGUCGCUCCAAAUGAUGAGCGCCGUCAAAUGUCCAUCCUUCGCAUCAGGCUGUGGAUUGGCUUUUGCUUCGCCUUUAUCGUUCUCGCGCCUGUUAUUUCAAUUGUCAUGGGCUAUCAUCUGCACUCUAAUGACAUGGUCUAUCCAGCAGAGCCAAAAGCAGAGUUCCCGGGACGCACUGCACGUAUUUCGCUUGAAGUAGUCCUCGUCUCCGCAGACCCGAAGCUUGGUUCGAUCACUCUGGACUGGAGCUUCCUGCGGGAGCUACGAUCGCCUUGCAGCAUCGACAAUGUCGAUGCCUGCACUGACGUGAACCUCUUCUUCGACGCUUACACUGCCGAAAUUGUGCUGUUUGCUGAAGAAGUCGGUACCAAUGCUACGGUGGGGGUCGAAAUUGGAGAUGCACGCGGCGUCGCAAUUGGAUUCGAGACCCGAGUCGCCCACAUCCACAGGCGCAUCUCACCACCUGAAGUUGCAGACUCUACCAUCAUCUUGAGUAGAAGUAUUCUCGUGAAGCUCUACGGAAUUAUCUCCACCAUCGCAGUGUGGAUCGUCACACUCAUCCUGUCCCUCGUUAUGAUCACCAGCGUCUUCUUUGGGUACAAGCAGAGGCCAGAGGUCCUUCUCAUACCUGUAGCGACGCUCUUUGCCUUCACCACGCUGCGACAGAGCAUGCCAGGGGCUCCGGAAGGGUUUGGACAUAUGAUGGAUCUUGUCGGGCUCGUCCCAUGUCUUGCACUACUGGCGAUGACGGCCGCGUGCAGUCUGGGUGUCUUCCUCCUCUCUGACCCGGCAUCCACUAAGCGAGAGCUCCGUUGGACCAACAUGCAGGAGGCAUUCCCGGUUCUGAAGCGGGGUAAAACGCAGCCAGAACUCUCUCAGAUGGCCUGA